GCUCCGCGGCGCGGGGGGAGCCGAGCCGAGCCGAGCCGAGCCGCGCCGCCCGCCCGCCCGCCUCCCCGCGGCCCGGGCAUGUCGUCGGGCGGCAGCCUGAGCACCAUGCAGCGGCUGGUGGAGCAGCUGAAGCUGGAGGCGGCGGUGGAGAGGAUCAAGGUCUCUCAGGCAGCUGCAGAACUCCAGCAGUACUGUAUGCAGAAUGCCUGCAAAGAUGCCUUGCUUGUUGGGGUUCCUGCAGGGAGCAAUCCCUUUCGAGAACCCCGAUCCUGUGCUCUGCUCUGAAAUCAGGGAAGGUCACUGGAGAGUUGCCUUCAAGCAUGACAUGAAUAACAACUGCCUUUCCUUCACAAGAGAAGUCUCUGUGUCCUAACUUUUGUGUGGCUAAAACAAUGUCCUAAAUAUUUAUCUGUUUGUUCUUGUGUAUCCAUAUUUCACUCUCUUUUGCUAAUGUUCUUGAAGUUUUUUAAUGUAACCCUUAUUCUUUUCAUAAUAGUCACCAUUGUUACUACACUAUGCUAACUAUACAUGUAUCACUUGAGAAGUUUACAUUUUAGAAAAGAAAAACAUGAAUUUUUACCAAAUCAUAUAUGCCUAUCUUGGUAAACUGUUACACCAGAAUGAUAGCAAAAACUAUUUGUAUUUUCCAAAAUAAAACAUCCAAAAAGUGAACUGUUAAAGUAUAAAACUAAAUACAGUUAUGCUGAAGUAAUAUUCUCGGGGGGAAUUUUGCUUCCAUUGGCAAGACCUGGAACCAAGUACGGUAUUUUUCAAGUGUAUCUAACUCCAUAAAUGACACAUGUUAGAAACUGCUGGACACAAUGUGUAGCACAGGCUUGAUUCCUAAGGUGUGUUUCUUGCAAAACUUCUAAUCUGUAAUACUUCCCCUAAUUUGUAUUUGUAAAGGUACUGCCAUGGUGGAAUUUCCUUGAUGUGUUUAAAAUGUGACCAAACAGACACUAAAAAUCCAUGACCACCAAAAGAUAGUUGCAUGCAUAAUUGUCAAGGUUUGUAAUACACAAAACUUACUAAAAUGUGCUUGGUCAUUUGCCUUCAGUUUUUUAUAGAGCACUUGUACAAGGACAACUAACUUUUUUAAUAGUUUUUUAAUUUUGUCUACUUUCUAUUAUUUGUAUUCAUCUUUUAGAAGUUUUGAAAUAAAAUUCCUUUCCCUACCGGCUUUGAACUCAUUGUUUGAUUGUAAGGAAGAGCAGAUAUUGUAAUGAAGAAGAUACUUUGAUUUUGCAGUGGGAGGGGAGGCCUCAAGCUAUUUGUCUUUUUGGGAAGAGAAGGUUGCUGUUUAUCAGGCUCACAUAUACAUUUUGAAACUAUAAGGAAGAAGUUUGCAAUCUGACUAUUUAAUUUUCAGUAAUGUUAACUGAAAUGGUGCAAUGAGCGUCCUCCGGGCAGUGCAGUCUUUGUCAAAAGAUUUUCAGGCUUGCUGUCCUGCAGGAAGACACUGAAAUGAGAGUCGUAAUAUUGCCAGUAUGUAUUGUGCUUCUAAAUACAAAAAAGAACGUCCUUCCUUA